AAUCUACCACAAAAUCUUACAUCGUUGAUUUGAUAUGUUUAAACAAAUACUCACCGAACUUGUGAAGCAAAUCGAAUGAACUUUACUGUGACACCUAUGUGAAACUGUGGUACCUAAUUCAUUUUUACUCCAAUGAAAAUUUACCGUGUGAACCGGUUGAUUGUACGUUUAAAAUCGAAUAUUUAAUUGCCGUGUGAACCCAGCCUCUGUUCUGAUUAUAUACAGGCCAGGUAGGUAUCAUGUUUGUUUUACCUGUUUGUAGAAAUCUAAUUUUCAUUCAAUUUUGAUUUUGUGGUUUGCGUUCGUGGAAGUGGUUGCACACAAACCACUACUAUUGUAAUUUAAUACUAAAACGUUAAAAUUUUCAUUAUGAUUGAGAUUUAUUCAUUUGAACAAAUUUGUGACAAAAACCAAAUUACUUCGGCUUUAAACUUGCUCAACAUUGCCUACCAUGCCCAACAUUGCCCUGCUUGAAACCACUUUUCAAAGGGAAACUUACAAAACCACACUUCACAUUUUUUUUAAACUUCUAAUGAUACUUUUUAUGUUAUAUAGAUUACCAAAUUCGUCGACAUACAUAUAUUAUAUUUAAUCGUCGAGAGAAAAAUAUUAUAGAGCUUCAUCGUGAAUUUUACUUGAACUGACUAUUUUAUUUUUAUGUGUGUGAUGCUGAAACACUUGAAUAUAUAAGGAUUGUCAUGUGUUUUUGUGUAAAGUGAAGUAAAAAUUGUGUGUGUGCCACAUGACAGUUCUCUUGAGGCUGGCAAGCAGGGAUGGCGCUUAUUCCGUCAACGGGCAGUCGCAUCUACGUGGCUUUCUUCGCGACAGUCUUCUGGGGAAUGGGUGUCCGAGGCCUGCACAACCUCGAGAUAAAUGUGCCAACGGCUGUGCUGGUCGGUGAAACCGUGACCUUGGAAUGCAGCUGGCAGCUGGAAGACGAGGAGGCGCUUUACAGCGUGAAGUGGUACCGCGGAAGAGAAGAGUUCUAUCGAUACAUUCCUAAGGAGUUACCCCACACGAGGGUGUUUCCUUUGCCAGGAAUUGAAGUUGACAUAUCCCGGUCCGGGGCGCGGCGCGUGGUGCUGCAGCAGGCCACGCCGGCGAUGGCGGGCCGGUUCCGCUGCGAGGUGUCCGCGGACGCACCUACCUUCCACACCGAGAUCCGCUCCGCGCCGCUAGAAGUUGUGGAGCCCCCGGAGUGGCGUCCGAAGCUAGUGUCGGAUCGGUCGUGGUACGGCGUGGGAUCUACCCUGCGCGCGACUUGUGCCGCGCCGCCCGCGCACCCUCCAGCCAACCUUACUUUUGCACUUAACGGCAGAGAGAUUGACUUGGACUCCCUAGUACACGAGUUACCGGAGUGGUUCAAAUGGGAUUUGCUGCCGAAGCCGGAGACGACGACGACGGAGCAGGCGGAAGAUGAAAACUUCAACAUAUUCCACGACGAGGGCAACAUCCAGUAUUUGGAUGAGUCUUACAUUAACCUGCAUAAGGAGGAGAUCCGGCGACCUCCAAAGGAGAGUCCUAAGCCGGUAUUCGAAAGAACGGGGCCGGACAACCGGCUGGUCUCAGUGGGAGAAGUAUCUUUCGUGGUGCGUAACGAGGCGUUCGAGCGCGGCAGCCUGCGCCUGACAUGCAUCGCCAGCAUAUACAACUUGUAUGCGGCGCGCGCGGAGCUCAUUUUCGACAUGGAGCAGCCGGAGGUGGCCUCCGUGCUAGGAGUACGAAAUGGGGCCGAAAAGUCAAAUAUCUUCAGCUCAUGGCGGAUACCAGCUGCGUUCGCGCUGCUGCUGUACAACAUGCGGUAGUCAUCUUCACGUUCAUUUUAGUACAAAUUCAAUUCUAAGGUCUCCAUACUAAUUGUGAUUCUCAUUUUGUACAAACUCAUUAAACAUAUCCAAAAGCAUGAAUUUAUCUUCCGUUAAGAAUACAAGUUUGUUUUAUAUCGAACAGAUCUUUAAAAUAAGUAUUUAAUCUUAGUCAUAGGUCACAAUGGCCAAAGUAUAUAAUAAAUAUUUAGUUAAUAUAGGUGGAGAGGGUUUUAUUAAGUGAAUAGAAAACUAUGCAUCUCAAACAUUUAAUAGUUGAUACAAUGUGAUAAAUAUAAUGGUUAUGUUUUUACGAAAGGUCUAACAGAUCUUUCAGCGACUGAAAUCGCGCGGUUGUUUUAUGCGAUAAACGCAUCUAUUUUUUUUUACUGCAUUGGAAUACAGGAUGUUUUUACUUUGUUCGACAGCUAAACAAAUUCAUUUAUUUUGUACACUAUUGAUUAGGAUUGAGUAUUUUUAGUACUUGGUGAGUCGUUUUAAAUAAAAUUAUGCAACCCACUGAAAACCUGAAAACACAUUCAGAAUUUCUUUUCUACGCCAAUUCUAAACGGUACUAUUUUUCACGCUUUGCAAUAAUCACCGAAUUCAAAAUUGAAUAUUUAACUGGUUCAUCAUAAAACAAUUUAAUGGAUUUUCUAUGGUUUUCAGUACCUAUUUAGAGUCAAUAAUGCUCGUCAGACGCAUCGCAUAAAAAAACACGCGCAUCACAAAACAGUUUGUACUCGACCGUGACGUAAUAAGUUCGCUACUAAUAUAAUUCGACUUCCAGGUUGCGUGCAUGUACCGUAUUCAACCAAAAGGGCACGGUUGUCAAUAAGGCACAACUGUCAAAAAAAAACAUAAUUAGAAAUAAUCCUUAUAAACAACCGACACAUAUUGCCCUUCGCCUUGUGCUGAAAACCUCACGAAUGCUCCGACUUAUACUAGUUUGGUGAUGGCAAGGUUCGGUGAAGUAGUCGGCAAUGUCGGUAUGUUGGUAUUAUGAAUCACAGUUCUCAAAGGAUUGUAUUAAUUAGAAUUGGUGCAAAGUGUCUAAGAAGUCUAUUAUGAAUAGACGUCUCGUCUAAAUAAUAAAAUUGUGUAAAUAGAUUUUAGAGACAGUUGUAAAAAGGUUCAUUUUAAGUGAACUGACUUGCCUCAGUUUCUGUUGGCUGUUCUAAGCCACCCUUUGUUUUCGUAAUACCCAUCUUAAAUUUUUGGAACAAUGGUUGCGAAGACUGAUGGAUUAAGUGGACUCUAUUAAGUAUUUCUGGCCAAAGCAAAAGGGAAUUUAGUUUAACAAUGCUAAGAUUUGACAUAAUUUAGUGAAAUCUACGCAAUAAAUAAUAACAUUAUCACACAAUGACUGUUAAGUGACUUAACAGUAGGCCAGCGAAGAGUUGAGCAUUAUUGUGCUUUGUCAUACUUUUUUGCCGAACAAGGUUGUCGGGUUUGCUAAGACGGUCAUAUAUAAAUAGGUAGUAAAACACAUUAAAUAUGAGACACAUCAACACGAAUCUCUAAUAUAUAAAAUAACAACCUUGCUGAGUUUGCUCAACAUAUUCUCGGCCACUAGACUGGCAACAUAGAGAUCUGUUGAGAACCAAUUUCAAAUGGCGCUCUCGAAUAAAAUUAGAAUAUGUAGGAGACUGAGCUUUGCUGGGAAAACAUAUAAAAACUCAAAAAUGCUCGUUUUCCCAGAGAUAUGACCUAGCUAGAUCGUCUUUUCGCCCCCGGAAACCCCUAUACAGCAAAUUUCAUUGCAAUCGUUAAAGCUGUUUCCCAGAUCCCAAUAUAUAUAUAUAUAUAUAUGUACAAGAAUUGCUCGUUGAAUGGUAUAACACACAUUAAGUCUGUGAUUGAUAAAUAAUAUUAUGUACUUGACUUUAUAUUACAAGAAGCCGUCUAAAAGCGGGGGUGUUUUACAUAUAGCGCUUUAUUCUUUCAAGAUCGAGAAUGUAAUGCAAGAAAUAAAACAUCUGGGUAUCAUAAAAUAGAAGUUAUUUACAUGUAAAAUGGUGUGAGCGCUUUAACAAGACACACGAAUGUAAAUCUGGUUCCGCCACUAAGACAUUUUACAACUUCAGCACCUGCAUCACACCUUUUUCUGGAUACUUUCCAUUUCAAGCUAUUUAACUUAUGAAAUGCUCAAAAUAUUGGGUAAAUAUUCGGAGAAAAUGUUAUUUCCAUGAAAUUAUAUACUGACACAUAAUUUGCUGCGAUAUUCCUCAUUUAGUUUUAUUAUGUAUAGUUAUUAAGUUUGAUCUAAUUUGUCUAUGUUGAUUUAGAAUAAAUACGUAGGUACAUAUAGUUUAUAUUAAUGAAUGGAUGAAUUAAAAUGUGUAAAUAAUAAUUUAACAGAUCUAUGUAAAUUUAAAUAAAUACAGAUUAGAAAUUAAACGAUGUUGGAA